AUGACGGAAGUUCCAGAGAUGGGAGUGGCAGGCGUCGCCGGCGGAGUCGCCUGCGUCGUCACGCCUUCUCUGGCUCCGACCGCUGUCAAAAUGCAGCAAGGUGUGCGGAGAACGUCCAUCCGCAGAGAGCAAACGCCGACUGAGAAAGUCGAUCUCUCAAAACAGGUAAUUUCAGAAGUUUUCCCCGCGGUCUACCGCAUUCCGUUUGACAUCCACACUUUUUCCUGUCCUUCAAGUUAAAAAAAAAAUUACAAAGUACUGUUUAGUAUUCACAGAAAUUUCGCUAAGUUCAUCUAAAUUUUUUUUUUAGAGAAAUUCAAUUUGCACAUAUUUGCUCCGAGAUCUGUUAUUUCGAACUUAAUUUUCGCAAACCGUAUUAACAUGUCUAUGUAGAUUACAACUGAUUCUGCGUUUGAUUCUGAAUCUUCAUUCUUGGAAAAUUCAACCUUUGUAAGGUAUUCUGAUUGAUGUUUUGACACUGAUUUUCGACCGAAGAAAAAGUUUCAAAAGUUAUUCCGUCGAACGGCUUUCCUCUGGUAACCCUUAAAUCUUUUUUAUGAGUUCUGCGGCAACUCAUCAAAGAAAAACCCUCCAGUUUUUAAUGUUGCAGAGAAAAAAAGCUGGUUAGUUUUUUCCUCUUUUUUCUGGCCGCAAGAGAAAUUCAGCAAUUUUCAUGGUAAUGAAGCUCUUAGUAGUCGAACAAUUCGAAUUGGUACAGCUCACUUGGAAGUUGUCAGCUUUGCGUCAGUCGUUUGUGAAUGAAGGAAAACGGAGGAAAACUGUCUCGUUGAAACAUGACGCUGCUCAAAAACCGGCCAAAGGCUUAAAGCUCAAAAAUUCUCUCCAUUGACGGAAAAACGUUUUUUAUUGUCAGAAACCGGAAGCCUUGCAAAAUGAUGGAAGGAAACUGGAGAUUAAGAUUGAAUUUUCUAGAGAAUGCGAAAAGCAAAACACUUUUUGUUGGAAGGAAAAUUCGUAGGAAUUUGAGAACUCGAAGAAGAUGUAUUCUUUGAUUCAAUGACGCUCUCAAAACAAAUGUUCAGGAUUCGUUGGUCGAGCGAGCCUCUUCCAAACUAACACUUGACGAUGAGCUCUACGACAUUCUCUACGCUUUCGGGUUGGUUGAUACUUCAGUUUUCGAUAUUCUCAGUUAUUCAUUAGAAAUAUGAGAGUAUAGAUCCGCAAGGACGUGACUUUUUGUGACUUUCUCUGAAAAGCUUUGAAUUGUGAGACCAGAGAAGAGGACCACAAGAGUUUUGAUAUAAAUUAUAAAUGCUCGAACAAGCAAUUGAAAGUCGACAAAAAAUGACUGAAAAGGAAAUGAAAAAGAGAAGAGCCGGAAUUGAAAUGAUGUGAAGCUUGGAAGAGAUGGGAUGCUAACAGAAGGUCAUGGGGUGUCAUCCUCGGCCUCGGCUAGUCUCUGAGAACCUCCCUUCGGUCGACGUUGCUUCUUAGCGCUUUCGCGCGGCAUUUUGAAAUAUGUAUCCAGUUGCUUCCAGUUCAACUCUCUCACUUCUUUCUUUUAUUUUUGAUCUCACAAGGUUUGUCGAAAACGACUUGUUUCCAGAAUGUAUUCGGUGAUUCUCCCGAAUGAUCUCAAAUUUUUUUUCACUUCCAAGGUUUUGUUUUCAAAUCAAAAAAGGUAUUACCCGAAAGAAAUAGGUAUCGGGAAAAAAUUGUAAAAGUCGAUAGGUAGGAAAAAAGCUAAAUUAUUUUCAAAAGUUGAUUAGAAGGAAAAAUAGAGUCGUAGAUCAAUCACGAUAGGUUUCCUUAUCUUUAAUAUCUCGAAAUGACAAGCAAUAGAGAAAGAUUUAUCAGUUUUGUAGUUAUUUUCUUCAAACUGGCAUGAUCUUACUGUUCGACGGUUCCAUGGUCUCAUAUCUCCCGCUCAUUUUUUGAUUUUUCACUUUUUCAAAGCCGCAAUUUAUAUCGCUGCUUCAAAAAAAGAUUUCUAAUUUUUUCAAAUUCGGAAAGUUUUCAAUCAGGUUCUGACAAAUUCAACUUUCCAAUUAUUACGCUCAUAAGGUACUUUUUUUCAGUGUGACAAUCAGAUGAAGAGUUAUUUUUCAUAAUAUUUUUUUGAAGUUCUUGUUGAAAAAAAUGAUGAAGCAGAAAGUCAGAGAAGUUAUUCUCCAUUACAAAAUGAUUCGUUCAAACUUUUUAGUGGAGAACCCCCAGAAAGGGCCCUCCUCUCGUUUAUUUCAUAAAUGUAGAUCUGAAAUUUUUUUGUAAAGAAUGAGAAACGACAUUCGAAGUUCAUUUCAAAACACCUAUGGAAAAAUUAACAAUAUUCUUUCUGCUUCUCUUAAAUCUCAUUGAAUCUGCAAGCAGAAAAUCAUUGAUAAGCAUCUCAGUUUAUUUCUUUUGGUUAUUCUGUCUGUUGGAGAAUAUCCUUCACUUUCAAUACAAUUUUUUGUCUUGCCAUGAAGUGUGCCUUGAUUUUCCCAUUUCCUCAAUCGUCUGGAUUUAAUUAUCUAAAGUGAAAGGGCUCCUAUCGCUAAACAAAGACAAAGUGUCUGCCACUAGAAAUAACAAUUUUCCCUUUUCUGCGGGGACGAAGAAAGCAACUCAAGAAGUCCUAGACGACUUUGUGGAUGUUGCUCCAUAUCACAACGAUGGAUGCUUAUGAGUCGGCCAUACUAAAAAGCAAUGUCUUAAAAGGGAGGAAAUGGCUAAGAUUGUUUUGAAAAAUUGACGUCGAGUUUUUUGAACCCAGGCCUCUUGGGAACGAAACCGACAAGAAUCUCUUAUUCGCGCCUUUCCUCGCCCCAGCGUCCAUGACUUCAAUCAUCGCAAUUACCUCCAAAUUUUUCCAAUUUCGUAUCCGUUGCGAAAGGGGAAGUGCAAUUUUUUAGUGCACUUUUGACCUGUGAUCUUAAGGGCAAGCUCCAGAAUUAAUUAGAUUUGACGGAACGGUAGCAUUUUUUUCAAGUUUUUCAAGAAGUAAUCGUGUUUUUUUAAACCAUUUUUUUAAUAUAUUCGAUAAAAAAAAUCUUUUUUUAGCACUUUUUUUAAUGAAAAACUGAUAUGCUUUUAGACUUGGUGCAAAAAAAAAAGCAAAGUACCUUAACGACGUCCCAGAAAACUUGAGCGCUUAGCAAUUUAGCGAAACCGCAAAAUGGUUAUUGGAUGAUUUUUUUUUUGCUUUAUUUACGAUUUCUCGUCCAAAGACCUUUGCCAGCUCCAAGCACUUGAGUCCUAAAGUUUUUCGUCGAGCACUUACGCAGAAAAAAAGAAGAAAAGGUUCAAAGGAGCGAAAAUUCUGUGCUCCAGCUUUCAACGGUUUUCCAGAAGCAAAGUUCUUUGGAUGCCUCAUGAAUGAGGACGGGAAAAGUCCAAAAACUCUUGGAAAGACGUCUGAGAAGCUGCGGAGAGUGACCGACCGUGUGCAACGCGUGUGCGUUGGUGUGUGGCAGUUGUGUUCACCAUUCCGCUGUCCAUCCAUCCCACCACCAUUCAUCAUUAAGAAACGCUUGGUGCUUGUCCCCACUCAAAUCUCGUAAUAUUCGGAGCUCUAUGCGGUUCUGUCGGCUUUGAAUAUGAGCGGCAUCGAAGUCCUGCCUCAAGGACUGCGCGAUAAUCCACUCGUUCUUCGACGAGCUUCUGUAUUCCACGACCUGAUAACCGUCUUCCGUAAAAACACUAAACACUUUCAACCUCCAUCUUCCUCCGAUUUUUUUCCUUCUGAUAAUUUUUCUCCCAGCGCUUCCAAUGUGUGAGUUCUCGUUCGCAUCAUUCAAAUAUUUAAUGAAACUGUGAAACUGGAAAUAUUCGGGUUGAAAAUUUUCUAUAAGAAGAGGUUGGUCUGUUUCAAUCUUCAGAUUUGACUAAGAUUCAAAAUAUACUUUUCAAUAACUUAGUGAGCUCUAAGAAGGAUCUGCUAAUAUCAUUUCCCAGGUUUGGUAAGAUCCGAAGGAUAUUUUUGAAGAAUUGCGAUAGUUGAAAUACUGGGUUAAUAAUUUUGAUUCACUUUGUAAACGUUUAAUUUGAUACAAAUAAAAUUAAAUCGAAAAACAAAAAUGUAUUUUUCUUGAGGAUAGUAGUUGACUCACUCUUCCGAUAUUCACAAGACAAUUUUUUCCCUUAAAACUGAAACAAAGAUCUCUUGGAUUCAGUUUUCCCGUGUUAGAUUAACGUGAUUUUUACGUUCACUGCCAUGGACCAAUCAGUCAGAAAUUAAUUCUUUACACUGGGCAGGCGAGCGUGGAAAUUGAGGCAGCCCUCAACUCAUGUUUUCAUUCAAUUAAGAAAACAGCUGUUGGUUUAAGUCUGAUCAAAACUAAUGUUAUUUGCAGCGAAACGGAUGCUUUUCUCGGGAAAUCGGACAAGCAAAGAGAGACCGACGAGGACGGCAAUCCGUUGACGCGACAGGUUCGAUGGCCCCGCGAGAAGCAGAUUUUCAGUGUUUUCAUUCAGGCCCUUCUUGAGCGAAUCCGCCAGAAGAAAGAAGUUAUCGGAAAGUUAAGAUGUCAGGCAUGGAACAUGACUCGAAAAAGGCGGACGCUGAAGUUGGAAAAAAUCUUCAAGCUCAAAAAGCAUUGUUUUUAAAGAUUGGCCCAAAAAUACUUGGAGCAACACGAAUCGAAAGUCUCUCGAAGCCAUUUGUACAUGGAAGAACUGAGAAAACGGAUCCGACUCAUGAAGCGAAGCUUUUCCAACUUUAAAACGUAUUUGAUACCAUGGGAAGCCAAAAUUAAACGAAUCGAAAGUGAGUUUUUGAUUUAAAAGAUUUCUGAAGCAGUUAUUUUUCAAAUUUCCCGUGCAAAUCUCCUCAAUUUUUCAAUUUAUCCAGCAUGUCAAACGCAAAAAACAACGGAAAACCAAAGACUCGAGAGAUCAAAUGAUCGAAUCGUUACGAUGCAAUUAUAAUUCUUAUUUCGAGAAAAAAUUCUUGAUCCUCACAAUCUUUUUUUCAGGUCAUUUUGGCUCAGUAGUGUCGUCGUAUUUCACGUUUCUCCGCUGGAUUGUGUUUGUAAACGUAGUGAUCACAUUGAUAGCUGUGGUGUUCGUUGUUUUGCCAGAGGUUGUUUGGAAGCCGCCAGCAACAAUUGAUGACUGCUACAAAAUUAAGGCACUGGGAGACUCGGUGGCCGACGAAAGUCGCCAAAAUCGGACCAGGAGUCGCAAACAAAUUCCUCCGAGUGAGAAGGUCCACGCAGACGAAAUCGCCGUUGUUUGGCACUAUGACGUGUGCUCGGAUCUAGGGAUUUAUCUACUUUAUGGGUUACAGGGGUACUUACGAUAUUCCCCUCUCUUCUACGGGUACUACUCGGACGAUCCUUUUCUGGGUGCAAAAGUACGAUAUGCCGUCCCGCUUGCAUAUUUCAUGGUCACAAUAUUCAUCUUCGCCUACAGUUUUUUUGCUAUCUUGAGGAAGUGGGUUUUUCGGUUGGAAGAAGUCAAAUGGUUACUACGAAAUGGGAUUUUUCAAAAAUUUUGAAACUGCUAUGCUUUUUUUUUUCAUCAUGUUGUUUCAGGUUUCCAGUCCUAACUCUUAUUCAUUAAUAUAGGUAAUUUUGAAAUUCAGUUUAAUAGUUGAGUUUAAAUCAGCAAAUGAUAUCAAAUCACACGAAAGAUCUCGUCAUCUACAAAAAAAGGUUUCGCACAAAUGAAAAAUUGCCAUCAAGAGAUUCAAACUGUUUUGGGCGUUUCAUUCAACCCUCAAAUGUUCUUUAUAAAAUUAAUCACUUUUCGUGUACUUCCUUGGGUUUUGCAUUUAUAACAACUCGUCAGAAAUCAGACCAAUCUUUCAAAGAAUUUAUCUUUGUUCAUCCUGAAACUUCUUUGCCACUUUUUCAGAAUGGCUGCAAAUGCCCGUAUGUCAAAACUUUCUGGAAGCAAGGCUGAACAGUACAUUUUCAACUGGAAACUGUUCACUGGCUGGGACUACACCAUCGGUAAUUCUGACACAGCCAGUAACACUGUCAUGGCCGUUGUCAUCAAACUAAGAGUGAUUUUUUCUUUUUUUCCGAAUUAUCAUUAUUUUUCUCAAGGAGUCUAUAGCAGACAGUCGAGUGGAAGGUCAUGGAAAGUUCCGUUGUUUGCAGUUCAGUUUGAGGUUUAAAACAGCUUUCCCAUUUUUCUGAGAAGUUUUUUCAGAGUUUUCGCUAAUUUGGUUAUUUGUGCGAUGCUAGCGUUUUCCAUUUACUGUAUUUCAUUUGCUGUUCAAAAGUCCCAAACGGCAGUUGAGCAGGAGGGAAAUUUGUUCACGAAAAAUCAAGUUUAAUUUAAAUUUUUUUUUCAACACUUUUUUUAUUUUUAGGUUCCUUCUGUCGUAUCAACAAUAACGCAUGUUUUUCCUAUGAUUUUCGAUUUAAUUGGGAGAAUAGAAAAUUAUCAUCCGAGAACGGCUUUGCGAGCUCAUCUUGGACGGUGAGAGUAUAGUCGAUUCUUUGCCGCUUGAAAGUGAAGAUAAGUAGAUUGACAAAGGUGACGCGCUGCGUACGCGAAGCGGUUUUUGGUGGGCAACUUGAAUGCGAACGUAAGCCAUCUUAUUAUUUUUUCUUUCAUUAGAUUUCAAUUUUUGAAAGUUUUGAAAAAGAUUUAACGAAAUGAGAAAAUAUAAAAAACAUUAUUUUUCCAUCUUUCUCGACUUUUAUCUCGACCUUAAGUUCCGCAUUAAAAAACCUCGUUGCUUACGAAACGCUUCACUUUCGUUAAUCUUUCCAUCUCGCUUUUUAAGAGAGGCAGAAUUGACUGAACCAUAUGAAUUUCAAUGAAAACAAAUAACUUUCAGAGUACUUGUUUUAUAUGUUUUUAAACUAUUUGACGUUGAUCUUUGCUCUUUUUCGACAAAAUGGAUGCUCUUCGAAAAAAACGGACUACUCGCAGGACUAUCACUUUCGGUUCAAAAGACAACAAGGGGGCUGGAAUCCAGUAUUCGUCUUUUUUCUUAUUUCCCUUCUAUUUUUGAAAUUGUAGAACAUCGUUCGCCCGCCACCAUACGCUAGUCGAACUUUCGAAAACCGUCACUUGGUCGGCUUCCUCCCUCGGACGACUCAAAGUUAUGAUCUUCCCAGCCAAAGAACCACCAGAAGUUACACAACUCCUUAUACUGUAGGUUUCAUCAUGAUAUCGCUAAAAAAAUAGAAUAAACUGUUUUUGAAAUUAAAAGAGAAAAAAAGAGCUUAUUCUGAUCUUCUGACCGAUUUCCGAAAAGAUCGACUCCUGAAAAUUUUUUUUUAGUUUUUCAGUAUUGAAUAAAGUUAAUAAUUCUGCUCUAUUAAAAUGGUAAACAAUUUAUCUGGGUCUCUCAUCUUCCAGGUUGCUCCUCAAUACGGUCCUUUCAAUGUGAAUAACCCCAAUGCGAUUCUUCGUAACGGGACUCCAAUUGGAGAGUUCGAAGCUCAAAGAGUUGGACCUCAGCUUUUGCCUAUCUUUACACCUCCGCCUAGAACUUUCCCACCACAUUCAUCUGGGAGAGUGGGACAAGUGAGAACAUUAUGUUUAAAAUUGAAAGCUAAUCUUUCUCCUUAGCAAUACGGAGGGCCUGAUUUUGAGAAAACCAAAGUAUAUACGAAAUCAACUCCAUUACCAAGAGUAAGGACAAAACCUCCUUGGAAGUGGUCAACGACAGUUUCGCCAUCACAAGAUGAAUCUCAAACUCAAAUUGUGCAGGUUUAUCGUCGUUUCCAUUUUUAUUCAUCCCGAAAAUAUUCAGCCGGAUCCUACACAAGUCUCUAUGAGAAAUGACUCUCAACUUGGAUCAAGCAUCGAUCUUUCAAACGGUUUUUUUUAUUCUUCGAUCUCACGAGAAAUAUCAAAAAAAAGUAUUUUAUGAUUGUCGUGUUAAUUUUUUCUUUUAAAAUCAAAUAUAUAACAUUUUGUUGUCAUUAAGACACUAUUCACAUGGGUCAAAUGGCGUCCAGAAAAAGUAACGGCGACGAAAUUUACAACAGCGACAUUUGUUGGGAAACGAUAAUUGGCCAAGUUUGUAAAUCUUUGAAAAAAGGUGUCCUGUAACUAACUAUUCAAAGGAAAUAGUCAAGUUGGUCACGAUGGACUUGAUAUUUACUAUUCUGUCGAUUUUGGUCAUUGACUUCCUCCGAGGCGUCUGGAUUAAGUACUGCUCGUCUUGGUGGUGUUGGGACAUCGAAACAACUUUUGUAACAUUUGUUUCGUUUCAAAACUAUAGAAGUUUUUCAGCCAGAAUACGGUGAAUUCAAAGUUGCCGAGAACGUUUUGCACAUCAUUAAUAAUCAAGGUUGUACUGAGAUUUAAACACUUAUUAUAUCUAAUCUUUGAGGAAUGAUUUGGCUUGGACUAUUUUUCGCUCCUCUUUUACCAGCUCUCAACAACAUCAAACUUGUCAUCCUGAUGUACAUUCGAGGAUGGGCGGUGAUGACCUGCAACGUUCCAGCCAGAGAGAUUUUCCGAGCCAGCAGGUUCUUUUUCUCUCGUUUUUUUUUAAAAGAUGUUUUCGUUCAAUACAGAUCGAGCAACUUUUACCUGCUCAUACUGCUUCUUUGGCUUUUAUUGUGUACAUUGCCCGUGGGUUAUGUAAUUGCAUCAACCAAACCUUCAAAAGCAUGUGGACCUUUUGCGUAAGAAAUAUUGCUUGUUCGAUCAAUGACGAUCUAAAUUCAAGCCGUUACGACUAUUUUUACACUGUCGUGACCAGAGAAAUCGAAAAAAGGGUGGAUCAGACUUUCCUCAACUAUAUCAAGCAUAUAGCUUCUCCGGGAGUUGUUAUUCCAAUCAUCUUAUUCCUCAUGUGAGUUUUGAUAGUUUCCAUUUUAAAUCCGUUCAUUCACAGUUUGAUUAUCUAUUUUCUUGUUUCACUGGUACGAGGCCUCCGGGAGGCAAACACCGACCUCCAACAGCAACUCAUCCAUGUCAGUUCUUUCUCAUGAUCGUACACUCUUAGUUGAAAAUUCAGGAGAGAACCGAAGAAAAAAAGAAGAUCUUCGAGCUAGCGGGUGGUGGGAAAAAGCGAAUGGAGAAAAAAGAGAACAGGAAAACUGCUGAAUAUGUGCCAGAAGUGGAACAACGUCGACGCGAAACAUGGAGAGUUUACCAUGAGGUAGUAAAAAAAAAGGAAAACAUUAGAAAAUUUCUCUCUUUAGGGAGAGCCGGACAGAAUUCUUGCUUCUGAUUCUUCGGAUGAGAGCGACUUGGACGACGACGACGAAUGGAAGCAACAGUCUUUGAUUACAAAACCCUACGGCUUAGAAGAAGACCUUCUGGCAAAUCAAGAAACUGUUCAAGUUAUGGCAUUCCAUCCAUCGUUAGGGUAAGAGCUUUAUUUCGUGGGAAAAAUUAGAUCUUUGAGUUUGAAUGAUUUAAAAAAAACUUAGGUCUCUAAUCGAAGACAGGGAAUUGGAAGAUGAAGAAAAUACAGAACAGGCUAAAGUCCAUUUCAGUAGCUCUCUACCAGGUGCGUCUUGUUUGAGUUCUGGGAAAUUUUACUAUUCCUGUAUUCCAGGCACUUCACUCUCACAAAUGCAAAUUGAUUCUUCAAUGGACAGUAUAAGCCAAAUAUCGCGUAACGUUAUCCAAGUGGCAACUCCUGAAGAAAUAAGGUUUUUAUUCGCUGGUUUACUGUUCGAUUGCAUGUUUCAGUGUUGUUCAACAGUUUUUCUAUUUAUUCGGGUUAUGAACUAAUAAUUUCCAAAAAAAAUUACAGUUUUCAGUUUUUCUGGACCUCUUUUUCAAAAAACAACUGUGUCGAAAUUUUUCAAAUUAGGUAUUCUGCGAUAUGUGAUUGUUUUUUACAGACGGAUUUCUUAGAUUCUUAACUUUUUUUCUUCACAAAAAAAAUUUCAACUAGUUAAAAAAAGUUUACGACUCUUUAAGAAUAUAAGAAAAUGCUUCCGAAAAUUGGUAGAUUCAAUACUGACAAGAUCUAUGUACUUAUUUCUGAUUAUUCAAUGUAUAAGAAUGCUGAGAACAGACUCUUGACGCUAAAAAGGAACUAAGGUGAGAAUAAUCUUUUUGCCAAGGUCCGAAAGCAUACACUUUCGCGACGACCAACGAUACUCUCGUUAACAAUUUCGAUUUUUACCGUUGCUUGAAAAAUAGGAAAAGUCUUCUGGGGAUAAAACCUUCGCAAAAAGCUCUGAAACAGCUCUUGAAGAAAAAAAUUGUCUACAAUAAAUGCACUGGAGAAGAAGCACAACAUAAGAUUUCUUCGAUUCAACUUUUCCCAACGAAAGUGUGUCGUUGUCCAGACUGUCGUGUCGUUAAGCAUGCUGCGUGAAAAGACUUCACCCGCAUGCCUAUCAUUGCAGAUCCUUGCUGCGGCCUUUGCUCGAAGCUCAUUACGGCGUGUCCAUGACUUCAACUCAUCCUUUCCCUUCCGAAAUCCACUCUUCACCGACCAUUCUCACUUCUAGACGCUCGUCUAAGUGUAGUUCGUUCGUGUCACUCUAUGAGUCCGCCAAAGAAGAUCUUUUGCACUCAAAGUGGGUUACAAUCCUGAAAUGUGUGAGACUUUUUUACACCUUUUCUCAUAAAUUUCUAACGAUUUUUUUUUGUCACUAACAGCUAGUUUUAGUUUCAUAAAACUUGCUCAAUUACUAUUUUCAAACACUGUUCUUUCAAUCAAAUUUCAGAUAUUCAUCGCUUACAAAACUUCAGUAUGUUGUAAUGUUACAUUCCACGAUUUGAAACAACAUGACGCAGCAUUUUUAUUUCAGUCAUGCAAUGGUGCCCCACAUUUGAAUUUGGCAUUCCCUGCAUUACUAAAAUUUUCAGAGUUUUGAAAUUCGAUCCAAAUAUUUAUUUUAUCAGCUAAAACAGAAUCGUAUUGCACGAAUUCGAAAAUUUUGUGAGCUCCAAAAAUGCUGCACUUUAGCGUUCUAAGUUGUCACGAAAGCAAAAAAUUCUUCACUUUUUCUGUUCCUCUGAACAUUUUGAAAACUUCAGAGCGCUAACAACGACAUCUACCAUUUACGAACUCCCUGAAACGCAACCUGAGGUGCACCAGAAAAUCAGAAAAGAGCCGAUCGAAAAAAGCGACACGGUUCUAUUGCGAACCAAACGAGCGCCGUCGGUAGAAAGACAAGAGACAAACUCGUCAAAAAACAAUAAGUAUGCUGCAAACUUUGCUCAAAAAAAAGUUUCUUUUUCUCAGAUAUAUCACGUCGGAUAUCUCACCGCAGUUCCUACCGUGGCCUUCCUUUGAAGAAGUCCUUUUUCUCGUUGAACUAAACACUAACGUUCAUUUUGUAGGCCAAAAACAUCCGAGAAAGAAUGAAACAGAAGACUCCUUUGCCUUUGAAAAAGCUCUCUAAAGAAGAUAUCUCGCCUUUGGCUGAAGUUAAAGUUGAGGAAAAGGCAAAGUUGGAAUACCGACCGCCAGUUCCAAUCCAUCGAAAGUAUCAGGUCGUUUUGCCAUUUCUGCAGGUUUAAUCAAUUAACUCAGACGGCGACUGGUUCUGAAGCUGAAAAUUUGAACAAAUCGACAGAUUCAAGCAAGAGAUUCCGUAUAUCUGUGUCGCCAACAAAGACAGUACAAUCGAAUCAAGGAAACGAGUGAGUGACCAGAAAAUUGUCAUUUUGGAUGGAAGUCUUCAGGGUAACGCGCAAUUUGAUCCAUCAAGCCUCGAGCGGCUCCAUUCCGACGCAAAGCCGUCAGAGCGACAUCAACCAGAACCCGGUGGUUGCAGCUUCGCCGAGAGCUCCGCGGGUGCAGUUUGGAGAAGACGACAGCCCUCGACUACUUGAGUGA